AUGGAAGAAACCAAGGAACGAGAUCUGGAUUCGAGGUCGAGAAAAUCUGAUGUUACAACUGGUCGGAGACACAAAAGGGAUCCAGGAACCUGGGCAGAGAAGAGGGAGCCAGAUCUGAUUACCGAUCACAAAGAGUCGUACGUAGUAGACACACUGAAACAACAGAGACUGGGAGAUGUUGAGAUGCAACAGCAGAGAAGCCAUGAAACAGAGUCGAAGAAUUGGGCUACAAAUCUUGGCUGGGAAAGGAGUGAACCCAAAACUAUAUCUGAUGAAAGAAUCCAAAAUGGUUAUCAAGUUCGUCCAGGUGAAAGAAUUUGUCGUAGUUAUCUACAGACAGGUCUCUGUGACCAUGGAAGCAAUUGCCUUUUCAAUCAUCCUACUUGUAAGUUCUUCAGGAGAGGAUUUUGUACGGACGGCUCAGCCUGUAAAUUUAUCCACGCAAAGAACAAUGAAGCUCCUCGUUUACCUAAUAAUACUAUGCGUCAACCACUUCCUUCAGAUGUGAAGAUCUUACCUGAGUUUUCUCACCCAAAGGACAGGGAUGGUGCAGAAACUAUGCGUCAGGGUUCGGGGAGGCACGAAACAGAGUCAGCCUACAGGCCAGACGAGAAGAAGUGUAACAGCAGCCUAAGUCAAAUAAGUGUUGUUGGUAUGGUGGCUGGAUCCUCCUCAUACAAGGAAAAGGAACAAAGACAAGCUCAUGACGAUCCGCUGGAACUGAGAGAUAACACUGAGUGGCAGAGGGGACAGGCUCAAGAGAAUGUUCAUGAACAUAGACCGAGAGACAUCACUGAUUGUCAGAGAUAUUAUGAGAUGGGACGGAGAGACGCUCAAGAGAUUGUGCAGCAACAUAGACAGAGAGACAUCACUGAGUUUCUGAGAUAUUUUGAGAUGGGAAGGAGAGACGCACAAGUGAUUGUGCAGCAACAUAGACAGAGAGAGGCCAGUGGGCGGCAGAGAUACCUUGAGGAGGAAAAGAGUGAGGCGCAGGCGAAUGAUCAGGAACAAAGAUUGAUGGUUACAACUUUGGAUGGGAGAUUUGAUGAGAGAAGACAUGAAACAGAGUCAAGCUCUAUGGCAGAGAAGCGGGAAGAACUAUUCACGAGUCUCCAGAGUCGGUUCAAAGAUGUAAUUGAUGAUAUAGCGGCGGGAUACGAGCGAGUGGGGACUGAACAUGGAGAGGGAAAUGUUGGGAGGCAGAGGGUAGAAGCUGAAGAGAUUGUCCAGGAACAGAGUAAUAGAGAUGGCGAUGUGCUUUAA